AUGGAGGACAAGGCGGGCAAGGAGGAGGCCGAGGCGGAGAUCCAGGAGCUGCACGGGCCCGAGCACUGGUUCAGCAAGUGGGAGCGGCAGUGCCUGGCCGAGGCCGAGCGCGACGACGAGGGCGCGCUCCCGCCGGGCCUGCAGGGCGACGAGGACGACGACGAGGAGUUGGACGACGACGAGGCCGCCGCCAGCGCCGCCGCCGCCGCCCCGCAACCCGAGCACCGCAAGCAGCAGAAGCUCUGGCACCUCUUCCAGAACUCCGCCACCGCCGUGGCCCAGCUCUACAAGGACCGCGUUUGCCAGCAGCCAGGCCUCUCGCUUUGGGUUCCUUUCCAAAAUGCAGCCACUGCUGUCACCAACCUCUACAAAGAAAGCGUGGAUGCCCACCAGCGGAGUUUUGAUGUGGGAAUACACAUUGGAUACCAGCGCCGCAACAAGGACGUCUUGGCGUGGGUCAAGAAGCGCAGAAGAACAAUCCGCCGAGAAGACUUAAUCAGUUUCCUGUGCGGGAAGGCACCUCCUCCGCGGAACUCUAGAGCUCCCCCAAGACUGACUGUAGUAUCCCCUAGCCGGGCAGCUUCCACAGAAACAAGCCCCUCGGUUGAGACGGACUUGCAGCCCUUCCGAGAAGCCAUAGCCCUCCAUGGUCUCAGUGGCGCAAUGGCGAGCAUCAGUGUGCGCUCGAGCACCCCAGGCUCUCCCACUCACGUGAGCAGUGGCUCCAAUGGGAGCCGGAGGAGAAACGGACUCCAUGACGUUGACUUGAACACUUUCAUAUCCGAAGAAAUGGCACUCCACUUGGACAAUGGUGGAACUCGAAAGCGUACCUCAGCCCAGUGCGGCGACAGCAUUACGGACUCUCCGACCCAUAAACGCAACCGGAUGAUCUAAGCGGCGGACCCUUUCUGUGCCCCUCCUUUGCCCUCUUCUUCCUCCCCUGAUCCCCUCCGCCAUGCUGCUUGAAAGCCACCGGACCCUCAGCAGCCUGCUGGGAAAGCAACACAACCUGAGGCUCUCUCCUCCCAAGUCAUAGAAAAAGAAAGAGAUAGAGAAAGAAAUCAAUAUUUGCCAUAAAGGAAAGCUUGCCUACUGACUAGAGUCUUCUCCUGACUUCGGCUUCCUACAAAUUAGAUUCUUUAGCAGAGGACUUCCAGCGUUGUGUCGUGGCUGGAGAAGCCCAUCGCAGGCAGAACGGGCACCUGUUCCGAGGCGAAAAGUGACCUUACUUGUUACUCUCAAAGGGAAAAAAAAGGAAAUAUCAGACAUUUAUUUGGUAAUAGACAUGCUUUUUUUGUCCUUUAUUUCCUGCCGUGUUUAAGUAUUUUCUUCAGUAGUAUGGCCCUUUUGGCAACAGUGUCAAAAACAUGACUUGGUGUGACAGAACCUGCGGGCUUCCUUUAAAAAAAAUGAAUAUAUGUGCAUAUUAUAUAGAUAGAUAUGCAUAUUAUAUAUGUCUUAUAAUAUGCAUAUAUGUAUACGUAUAUUAUAAGUUAUAAUAUGCAUAUAUAUGUUUUAGGGAAUAUAUGGUAUAUAUAUUCCCUAAAAAGCUCUAACAGGCACAUUAUUUCUUACAUAGUAAGUAUGCAAGUUAUAUACUAAGUUCUGGCCAGUUGCUUCUGCAGUUUGCAGCUGCUGUGUAUAAAAGAUGGCCGUGGAUCGGAUACUAAACCAGGCCAGAAAAGCUCUCCGUUGGGUUUGUUUUGCGCGCGGUCACUUUGAAAUUGCGGCACCGGUUUCUUCUCUCCCAUUCCCCCCCCCCCCCCCCCCCCCCAAGAAUUUUUACAUUGCAAAUUACUUUUUUGGUGGAUACGUCUUUAUUACCAUUUGAGUUUUCUCUUGAUAACAAAUGUCCGAACUCCUCACAAAUGUCAGAAAAAGAAAGAGAGAUUGAGAAAAGCCUUGGUGACCCAUCGUGGUUCUGUAGUGGUAGAACGUGGGCUUAGGUACGACAGAUAUGUAUUGUAUGUUUUUUCUUAGGACAAGGAAUUAACUUGCGCGGAAUCAGUGGAUGGGAAAAAGGGUGGGUGGAAGCAGAGAAGAACAUUGGAUGGUGUUUCUUCUAUUUUUGUUGAGCUGCUUUCAUAAACAGCCACCCCGAGGCUUGUGCGGCACUGCUUUCUCUUGCGUUUGGGGGCAUUUUGCAGUCCUAUGAAAGGAAUGGCACACAUGGGGUCGCUUCGGUGGAAGAUGUCCCAAAAGCUUAGCCAGAAGCAGGAAGAAAAGGCAUAGUCCCCUUGGCCUUCGUUGGCUGCCUCUGGCCAAGCUGGUUUGGGAAAUCUCCCUUUUUUCUUUCGGAGUCAGACAUUGGCUCAAUAAGAAGGCUUAAAUGUGGAGCCAGGGUAAAUAGGGCUUGACUUUGAACCCUCCACUUUUUGGGGAACAGGGAGAGCACAGAAGGGGAUUGCAGACAGAGGUUGGAAGAGGAGUUGUAAGAAUGCUGUUUUGGGUUUGUUGCCCUGCAACUGGAUAGUCAAUUUUAAGUGGUCCUUGUCAUUGGACUUGGAGCGUAGGGAUAAUCCUCCAACUUUUGCGGCCAUAAAUACACAUUACGAAAAGCACCUUCUUUCCCCCCUCAGUUGGCUUUACAGAGCUUCUUAAAGUCUUGCUUUUGCGGGGGUUUCUUAAACAUCUCUCGGGCAGAAAGUCUAGCUGUUUGUGAGAAAACAAGAAACGCCUCGCAUUCCUGGCAUGGUUUUAGAAGGAUAGGGCCAGCCGUUUGCCCAUCAGGAGACAUUUGUAGUUCUUGGAUCAUAGACUUCUAAAUCUCUCUGGAUUUGCACUGAAGUUUGCUGUGUGCCACAGUGGUUUUUAAAGCCGUGGGUUGCCCCAGGAAAGUAACUUCUUCCACCAAAAGAAAAAGGCAGAAGGGAAUCUGGAGUUUGGAAAGAGAAGGUCUUCAUUGGAGCUUGUGUUUUUGAUAGUGGUCGGACUGGAAGGGACCGAUAGUUUCCUAUUCCCCUUCUGCUCUUCCUUUGAGGAACUUCCUAGGUAUACGGAAUGUGAGUAACAGAUGGGUUUUGGGGGGAUUUCGAUAAAGACUUGGAGGGGGGCUUAUUUCUUCCCAAUCUGUGAUCAGUUUAUUCUGCCAUAAUUCACACGAGAUGACGGGAUGCGAUAAAGUCGCUGGCAAAAUAGAUCUCGUCAUGUUGGAGUCCUCCUCCUGCUUCUCCUCCUCCUCCAGAACCUCCCAAAUAGAAAUGUAAUACUUCCUGUGUGUUCAUUCAUAGCUUUGGAAGCUUUGCUUUUUAUUUCUUUUCAGUCUUGCCUCUUCUGAACAAAAGUUUUGGCCGAGUGUUUUUAUAUCAUUUUUUGGUGCCAUUGAUUUUUUUUUGGUUCUGUUUGUAAAGAGAAAAACAAAACAGGCUUUGGUCUCCGCUCAUGGUGUGCUUCUGAGUCUGCAACAAGGUUCAUUUUUACUGCUCCCCCUCCCUUUAAAUCUCCUGAUAACACGCUGCUGGAAAUGACCAGCCUCCUGCCAAAAUCCAGCUCGGACACAGAUGUCAAUAAAAGCUCGGACAUGGGAUAUUUCCUCUUUGCGUCACAUUGGUUUUGACUUGCGGAGGAAUUCUCUUGGUUUGGCUCUUGGGGUUUGGUUUGGGGCCGAAUAAGUCUGCCGUUCCACUGUUUUCUUUUCUCUGAAUCUGACUCGAUUGAACGAAAUGCCUUCUGGUGAUCCUUUGUCUCAUCUCUUUUCCCUCCCUUCUCCAAUGUAAACCAAACUUAACAUGAAUGUGGGGCAGAUUUUUACAUAAUAGUGUAUCCUGCAUUGAAGCUGAGCUUGGCUUGCAGAUUACUAAAAAUUCAAUUUAAAAUAUUAAAAAUAAAAAACACUUGAGCUAUAGUGAAGUAAUGCAAAGCUGAUCCCCUUUCCCCUCCCUUUGUCUGGAACUGAACUCCCGCAAAUCCUCAAAUGUGACUUACCCUGCUGGAGAAAUAGAUACCUUUUUAAAUCCCCAAUAAAAUCAAAUCAAAUACAACCAAA